AUGGCGGAGGCGGACGGCGCCAUUGUUCCUUACUCCUCAUCUAACGAUGUUGUUUUACGCCAUGAUGGAUCGGUUGUCGUUUAUGAUCCGGUUUCGAGACAACUAGUCCUUCAAGAUGCAGCCGAGGCUGAGAAGCACGACAAUGAUCCGCAGUGUCCAUACUGCCGCAGGCCGUUGCGAGACGAGGCCUCUGGUCAAGACAACUACCAUUCCAGGACGCAGCCAGAAUUUGUCAAUCCCGAAUAUUUCCGCAUGCUCCAUAACAGUCUUCCACCUGCCUCAGUAGAUUCAGCUACAGCCCAGCCGCAAUCUCGACGUCUAGUUCAGCCUGUACUCGCCGAUAGUCCUUCAAGCGGAUCGGGCCAGUCCAGGGUACCUAACGGACAUGGUAUCUCAUCGGCUGCAUUUACUCCAGACUACUUCAAAAGGUUCUUUGUGGAAGAAUCGGUGCUAGGAAAAGGCGGGAAAGGUGUUGUGUUGUUGGUGAAGCAUGUCCUAGACGGCGUGUCUUUGGGUCAUUAUGCCUGCAAGCGCGUGCCUGUUGGGGAUGAUCACGAGUGGCUCGAAAAGGUUUUGAUUGAAGUGCAAACACUCCAGCACCUCUCACAUCAGAACCUUGUCUCCUACCGACAUGUUUGGCUCGAGAACGCGAAAAUUACGACAUUUGGGCCAAGCGUCCCAUGCGCGUUUAUCCUCCAGCAGUACUGCAAUGCGGGGGAUCUUCAUAACUACAUUUGUGGCUCCAUGCAGACAUCUACGACGCCUCAGGAAUUGAAAGAGCGCAUUAGACGAAGGUCUAGAGGAGGCCCCGAGGCUCCUCUUGGUCUCCAUGAACCUCGCAAGCUACAUUUUGAUGAGAUUUACUCUUUCUUCAAGGACAUUACUUCGGGUCUUCGAUAUCUCCAUGCAAGCGGCUAUAUUCACCGUGAUCUUAAGCCCAACAACUGUCUGCUGCACAAGACUAACGAUGGCAUACGAGUCUUGGUCAGCGAUUUCGGCGAGGUUCAGCCCCAGGAUGCAAUACGGAGGUCUACGGGGGCGACAGGAACUGUGUCGUACUGUGCUCCAGAGGUGUUACGGCGGGAGUACCCUAAUGGCCCCUUCGCCAAUUUCACCUUCAAAAGUGAUAUCUUCUCUCUCGGAAUGAUUCUUUAUUUUCUGUGCUUCGCGCAGCUUCCGUAUCGAAAUGCUGAUCUCAUCAAUGAGGAGAAGGAGGAUCUUGAGAAACUCCGUGAAGAGAUAAUGGACUGGCCUGGUUUUGACCAAGGACGAAUGCGCCCUGAUUUACCCGAACAACUCUAUACUUUCCUCUGGCGUUUGCUGUCAGUUGACCCCGAUUUACGGCCAUCUGCGGACGAGGUACUUAGUGGCCUCGAGGUCGGGGCCAAUGCUAAUGAGAACCUACGCACAAAACGUGGCAGCAGUAGUUCUUCUGCGCCUGACGUGCACAGCGCAUCUAGGAUUCGCCCUCUUGAUGAUACGACCGAUACAGUGUCUCCCAGGAGGUCUUUUUCACGAGGUCCUGCAAUACGCCGCAAUUCUGUAUUUGAAUCGAAUGGGUCUGUAGGGGACCUGACCCCCGUAUUUGAAGACAUGGAUGGUACACAGAGGAGAGGCUCGCUCAGUCCAGAGCGUGAUUUGGUCGUCCGACCUCGAUUCUCUAAUACACAAUCUGUCUCACCACCCAGGAAUGAGCCUCAUUCAGUUGGGCCAAGCAUCGGACCAACCACCAUCGAACCUUCUAUCCGACUACUGCCCCCUCCGCCAGGGGGGUCCUUCCUCCCCCGACGCCUUUCGGGGUGGUAUCCACCGUUUUUCGCAGUACAGCUGUCUUUGUUUCUUGCUAAAAUUGCUAUGGCACUGCAGCCUUGCUCGCCGUUGGCUGUCAACCCCUGGGUGUUGUACUUUUUGAUCAUAGCAGCAGGCAUCAACUUGCGGACGAAAAGCUUGCAAAUGCAGCUAGCAUCUUUGGUUUUGCAUGCUCUUGUCGUUUUUCUAAGCAUGAAGCUGGAGAUUCUAUGUAUCUGGCCUUCGACCACGGCCGGAAUGGUGCAUGGGAAUGAAUUAUAG